UGAACCCUCUUAUGGUGAUAGAUGACGAGGUGCAAAGUGUGCUAGGACUGCAGGCUUUGUAUUGAAAGCUGCCCCUGUCUGACGUCGUGAGAGAGCCCAGCAUCUCUUCAGGAUAUGCAUGGAGAAUGGCGGAUGCAGAGUCCAUGAACUCCCCGGCUGCCUCACCCUUUCUGGGGCUCCACAUCGCCUCGCCUCCCAAUUUCAGGUUAACUCAUGACAUUAGUUUGGAGGAGUUCGAAGAUGAAGACUUGUCUGAAAUAACAGAUGAAUGUGGGAUAAGUCUGCACUGUAAGGAUGGCCUGGCUACAAGGUCCCGUGUGACUCUGGAGACCAAUAAUGCUGCGACGACAAGCGGAAAUGAUGUCUGCACAAUCCAGGCAGAGAUGCUGCAGCUGGAUCUGAUUGAUGCUGUCGACGAUAUCGAGGAAGAGGAGGAGGACAACGGUCCUCUGAAGGAAACAAACCCUGUCAGCAUGGCAUCUUACAAACCCAAGCGGCCCACGACCUUGAAUCUCUUCCCACAAGUUCCUCGGACUCAGGAUACACUGAAUAACAACUCAUUCGGCAAAAAGUACAGCUGGCAGGAAAAGGUCUCUCGAUCAUCAUCCCCAUUGAAAACUGGAGAGGUGACUCCCGCUCACGGGUGCCUGGGAGAUGAGGUGAAACCAGCGAGUGGCACCACUGACAAAGGGACAUCGACUGCCCAGGUCAACCCUUGCAGGCGGGCACCAGCAGGGCAGAGUGAGACUGUAGCUUCCAUCCCUACAGGGUGCUCAGCAAUGGUGACAGCCUCUAACCAGCGGGCGAAGGACAACGAGGGUCAACAUGAUGAGCGCAUCCGGUACCAAACACAGGUGCCGAUCGAGGCCACGGAGGAGAUCUACCUAACUCCGGUGCAGAGGAACUCAGACUCCUCGGAAAACGAGAAGCCCUUCCUCUCUCAGUCCAACGAAAACCGCAUGUCCAUCAGCUCGGAUGUCGACUUCACCCACUGCUUGACCCUGCCAGGCAACCCGAAACCUUCGAUCAGUGAAGAGGAUGAAGAGCUCUCUUGCCUUUCCACGUCCCACAGCUGCUCUUUGCCACGAACCUCGCUCAACGCAGAGCAGCUCUUCCCGAGGACCUCAGUAAGCUCAGACAGUGCUCUGUCGUAUGAUUCGGUUAAGUACACACUGGUUGUGGAUGACAACAUGCAGUUGGAGCUGGUGAGCCUAAAACACUGUUACUCAGGGUACAGCGACGACAGCGAUUCGGCAACCGUCUAUGACAACUGCAUUCCGUCUCCGUACGAGUCUGCUAUUGGGGAAGAGUAUGAGGAGGGGGUGCUGAAGAGAGACUCAGUCUGUCUGUCAGAAGACUCCACGCCAGAAGCAGAUAUUCCUUUCUCCAAGAAAUUCCUCAAUGUUUUUAUGAGUGGAAGGUCAAGAACGUCCAGUGCAGAAUCCUUUGGAUUGUUUUCAUGUACAAUAAAUGGAGAAGAAAGAGAUCAAACACACAGAGCAGUAUUCAGAUUUGUGCCUCGACAUGAUGAUGAACUGGAGCUAGAGGUGGACGACCCUCUCCUAGUAGACUUGCAGGCUGAUGAUUACUGGUACCAUGCCUACAAUAUGCGAACGGGUGAGAGAGGAAUCUUCCCAGCAUACUAUGCACUUGAAGUCAAUGUGGAACGAGGACACUUUACAGCAGCAGUAGCAGAAAAGAACGACUGGGUAGACAAGUUUCACCUGAAGUUCCUGGGUUCAGUCCAAGUGCCGUACCAUAAAGGGAAUGAUGUAUUGUGUGCAGCCAUGCAGAAGAUUGCAACAACGAGAAGAUUGACUGUCCAGUUCAACCCUCCUUCUAGCUGUGUACUAGAGAUCAGCAUGCGAGGAAUUAAAAUAGCUGUACAACUCGAUGGGCGUGGAGUCUAUGAGAAGGCCAGUAAAUGCAGCCACUUCUUUCAGCUGAAGAACGUUUCAUUCUGCGGGUAUCAUCCAAAGAACGCCAAAUAUUUUGGAUUUAUUACGAAACAUCCUUCAGAUCAUCGAUUUGCUUCCCAUGUUUUUGUCUCUGAAGAUUCAACCAAGCCAAUAGCAGAAUCAGUAGGGAAGGCUUUCCAGCUAUUUUACAAAGAAUACAUUGAAUACACCUGCCCAACAGAAGACAUCUAUCUGGAGUAGAUGCCUCUGAGCUGCGGUGCUGCUUUGAACUCCUCACAGUCUCCUCCUCAAACUCAUCAUGAUGCAUGAACACACUGUGCCAGAGGCCAUUUAUCAUGAUCCAAAACUAUACAGCAUCUGAAUUGCAACGUUUUACCUAUUGUUAUUUUUAGCCAUGCUACAUGGAUUGACAGCGUCCUCCAUCAGUUUGCGCCUCUUAUCCCUCUUCUCUGCAAAUCCAGCCCCAUCUCGUGUUCCAUCGGUUCAUGGCAAAACAGCUCAACUGCUUGCUUCCUGAAACACCCCUUGUGAUGCAUUUGGUACGUAUUUGGUGUGAUGGGCCAGGAUUUAAAUCUGGCAAAAUGCCAGGGCAGAAUGGCACCAAAGCACUAGGGAGUUAUGAGAUUCAUUGUAACAAUGAUGUUACACUGUAUUCAUUAAUAGUGUUGUGUGUAAAGUUCUUAAACUUUGUUCAUGGAGUGUACAACAUGGUUUAUUUAAAGAUUUGAUGACAGC